AGGGUAUUUUAAUAGGAUCCUGCUCGUUCGCCUUCCCCUUGGGCAGGAAGACAGGAGCUCCCAGAGUCAUUGGAGGACAGUGGUUUUGGGUAAGAUCUCUCCCUUUGCCAAGGGACCCCUCCUCUGGGACUCCUUACAAAAGCUAACCUAUGUUGAUGAGUGUGUGCAGGAUCAGGGUUAGAAGUGAGCUUCAGCUUUUGACCUGGGAGCUUGGUUUACCCAGGAUCUCAAACAGGAAAAGCUCUAAAGGAAUUUAAUUGUGACCUGCAAAGGGAGUUUCAAAGUUUGAUUUAUGUUCCUUUUCAAUUCUUGACGAUGGAUAGAGAUGGCCUGAAAGGUUCUCCCCUACCUCGUCUGCCCACUUUUUAUUUUGAACCUUAGAAAUAUCAGCCGGGUCAAGAUUGGCUGUGAUUGUAUCACUGGAGGACUCCCCGGGACUCUCAGGGAUAUAUGCUGGGAACUGCGUCGUGUCUUUCGUUCAAACCUUAAUUGGUUGUGGAACUCACUGCCACAGGAGGUUGUUGAGACCAGGACCCUCACAAAGGAGGAUUGAAACAGAAAUCUACAGAGCUAACAUAGAUAAUGCUAAAACAGAGAGUUUUUAUAAGAAAACCUCCUGCUUCAGGGCUCAAGCUAGUCUCUAACUAUUAGGGGUUAGGAUGAGGACUUCCUGUGGAGUAGUGUAUCCCACAGAGCCUGUAUAGGGUUUCUUGUCCCUUUCUCUGAGGAAUCUGGGGCUCCUUACUGUUGGAGACAGGCUACUGGACGAGCUGGACCUGGAGCCUACAUUUAACUGAAGGGGGCGGGGUGCUGAAUCUUUAAAGAUGUCCUUUCUCCAAAGUGCUUAUUGGACAAUAGAGUUAAAUAGAGAACUAACAUCAAACGAAGUCUUAAACAGUGUGACUUGAAAUCUUUUCCUCUCUUGAUUGCUAAACGCUUGCCCUCUUGCACUGUCACCAUUUCACUCAUUUUCCAGUUGCACAUAGGCUAAACAAGACCUUAAUUUCUAACAUUAAAAAAAACCUCAUGCAGAAUUUGUAACCCUCUCAGCUUUUUUUAUCCACCAUAAAGAACGAAAACAAAGCACUAUGUUCCUUUUCGCUUUGCAGGCCACCUUUGCACUAUGUUUAUUGGGCCAACAGCUAUCGCCUUAAUCACUCUAUAGUGCCCAACCUUGGAAUUAAACACCUGAUCAGAACAUAUAUGGGCUAUACCAUCUGGUCAUGAGGGGAGAGGUUCGAGGGGGGGGAAGGUUUGUGUGCUAAGGACAUUAAUGAUAAAUAAGUCCUGCUAAUUCUGUGUAAGGCAUGGGAGAGGUUAAAGGCUGGGUGCUGGGCUCCUGUAUAUAGCUGGAGUGUUUUCUCUUUAGUGACCAGAUGCUCUAGGGUUAAGUGAAAUUUGCAAUGAUCAAGUGGCCUUGCUAAUUCCAUCUCGGGCUGAGACAUCUUCUGAGCAAAGCUGUUUGGAAGAGACUAUUUUAAACAGAAAUGGCAGGAGAACUAACUGUCUUGUGUGAAAGGGACCCUCUUACGCCUUAUUUUAAGCAGACAGAUUUUCAUAUCCAAAGUUACUAAUGCUGCCUUUAAUUGUUAAACCUGAAACAGCUUUUCGAAUCCAGUUCUGCCUUGCAUUGGCUGUGCCAUUUCCUACGUGUAUUCACCCCUGAGAUGGGCUGGGAAGCAGGAGCUAAUGCAGUCAGGCUUGCUAUCUAGGCUGUAGGGUCUGUGCAAACUUCUCCAAUGGGCCUGGGUUUUGUAGCAGACUCUGGUGUCCACCCUUGAGGCCAAACCUGAGUUGUGACACGUUUGAAGGAUCCUUGUGCUGUUACAGCAUGUCUGUCUCCUACACCCACCUGUCCACCUCUGGCUUUUGGCGUGGACUGGUUGUCCGUGUUUCACUUGCCCUGAUGAAACUGGGUUGUGGAGGGUUAUUUUUACUCCAUGUGGAUUGCAGGCAGUUUGCAAAUUUCAUCUUAAAGGCAUGACUUCAUGCUGUCCCUUUAAAGUGCCAGAAGCAGGUGUCACUUCCCUAGCCAUCUAGCCAAAGCAUUUAAUCUUGGGAUGCCUACAUGCAGUCACUCCACUAAGGGGCUGACCCCACAGCUCCCUUGGCCUCAGGGGGAGCAGAAGUCAAACCUAUGCAAUCCACACAAAAAAAAAGCUUCUGCAGCCACCUUAAAGCUCCUUGUUCCAGCCUUGCUGGGCGUGUGAGAGACCAGGCACAGCUGAGUCAUGUACCCAGGGCUGGGAGGGGGCCAAGUGCCGCCCUGGUUGCACAGUUGAGAUGUCAUGAGCAAUGUGCCCAGUUCAUGCACCUGCUGCUACAGAGGUGGAGCCGCCCGUGGAUGGGAGUGGGGUCAUUCCUUCCUCUUGGGCUGCCCCGCCGAAGACCUGGAGUGAGUGAAGGACCCACCGCCGAAGUGCCACAGAAGACUUGGAGCACCGCCUGGGGUCGGCACCCGAUGGCACUCCGCGUGCCACUGAAAAUCCUGCCGACGCGGCGAGCUGCAGGGUCCGCGCUCCCCGGCCCGAGCGCAGCAAGGCGCCACCCCUGCCUUCCCGAAAGCUCUGCCGCGGCGCUGCGCUCUGAGUGUCGGGGCGGGGCAGGGCAGGGCAGAGCUCCGGGUGAGCGAGCAGCCUCAUGGUCCUCGAUCCUCAGCUGCCAGUUCUGGUUUCUGAUCCAGAGAUGGAGGCCAAGGCAAGUGAAUCACCAUGUGCGGAACUGGCACCUGCUGCUUUGGCCCUGCCUUGGCCUGAGACGGGAUCACCUCCAGUUGGAGAGCCUUCCCAGGAGGCAGAGUUACUGUUUGAGCAGAUGCCGGCCCGAGAGGAACAGGCUGAGAUGGACAUAGAGGAGGAACCAGAAUCAGAACCAGAGCCCAAAUCCAGCAGCAAAGCAAUGAAGGCCGUAAUUGGAGCAGGUGUCGGAAUAGGAGUUGCAGUCAUUGGAGCCCCACUAGCACUCGGGGCAGCAGGCUUUACUGGAGCAGGCAUUGCAGCUGGGUCGAUGGCUGCCAAGAUGAUGUCAGCAGCUGCCAUAGCCAGUGGAGGAGGGGUAGCCGCUGGGAGUCUUGUGGCAACAUUGCAAUCAGUGGGUGCUGUAGGACUCUCGCUAGGAGCUAAAGUUGGCCUGGGCACUGCACUGGGAUCUGUAGGUGCAGCUGUUGGCUCCUGGUUCUCUAAGAAUAACUGAAAGCUGUGCAAGCCCUGCUGGCAUCAGAAGUAAACACUGACCAGUGCUGGAAACCCUUAAGUUGCAAAGCAGGACCAAAGUAGCAAGCUACGUGAUAUGGGUCGGCGAUUACUUUGUUGUUGCCUGGGAAAAGCUACUGCAAACGUGUCGCUUAUUUUACCUUCUCUUUAACAGGUGUUGAGCUGCUCUGAUUAUGGUGGGGGUGGGGGUGUGAAAACAAUAAAGCUGGUUUUAAAUGGACAAACUUGUUAGUUUGAAAUUGAUGUGGGGAGAGUCAAAGCCCUAGGGAGCGUCGGAGGUUCUUAUAAGCAUCUCCCUUGGAGAGGCUUUGGA